UCAUUUUCAAUUUUUUUCUCACUUCUUCUUCAUCACUUGUUCUCUCUCUCUCUCAUCGCCUAUACGCGAGAGAAAAGUAACGAUCUCAACCGCCGGCGCUGACCAAAGCUAUCGAUUCUCUUCCCGAGCUGAUCCCUCAGCUUCAGGUUUCUUGAAUCUGAGUCUGUCAAAACCAUACUAUAUUUGGUGCUCGGUGGUGAGCAAGAAGGGGGACAUUGUCAGGGUUUCAAUGUACGCCAGAUGAAUAGACCAACUAAUGUUACUGGCAGUAGAAGGAGGGGGUUUAUUCUCAGCGUCUGCGUCUGGGUAUAGUAAGGGAUUGACCCUUCUUUUCUCUGGUGAUAAAGACGGAGAUAGGCCCAUGAGAGUUGUGCCGUGGAAUCACUACCAGGUGGUUGACCAAGAGGCUGACCCUGUUCUUCAGCUGGAUUCUAUCAAGAACCGAGUUUCCCGCGGUUGCGCUGCUUCCUUCAGUUGUUUUGGUGGCGCUUCCGCGGGACUUGAGACCCCAUCUCCUCUUAAAGUAGAACCUGUGCAGCAGCAUCGUGAAAUAUCAUCACCAGAGUCUGCUGUUGUUGUUGUUUCUGAAAAGGGCAAAGACCAAAUAACUGAAGCUGAUAAUGGCAGCAGCAAAGAAGCUUUCAAGCUCUCAUUGAGGAGUAGCUUGAAGAGGCCGUCUGUUGCGGAAUCACGGUCUCUUGAGGAUAUAAAAGAAUACGAGACGUUGACUGUGGAUGGUAGCGAUCUCACUGGUGACAUGGCAAGGCGGAAAGUUCAGUGGCCUGAUGCUUGUGGUAGUGAACUCACUCAAGUUAGAGAAUUUGAGCCGAGUGAGAUGGGAUUAUCAGAUGAAGAAUGGGAGGUAGGACGACAAAGAACAUGUUCGUGUGUGAUCAUGUAAAUUCAGAAAUCAUCGGUAUCACUCUUUACUCACCUCUUGUGUGCAUUUCUCAUAGAUUUAAAGUGUAUCUGUUAUUACAAAGUUCUCUUCAAGGUUUUGGCUUGUACAUUAUUCCCAGUGUUUUGAGUGGCAACUUAUUCCUGGUUUCUAUUUUCUAAAAACGAUAAGAGAACAUCUAAAUCGAUGCAAAGAGGAAGAGAGUGGCAAUAACUCUUGUUCUUGUAGCCAUCUCAACUACAUGACGUGCGUGUACAAAACUAGAAUGCAAACAAAAUUGACUUGCGUUA